CCAGUGAACCUUUCAAUCAGUCUACUUACAGCAACAUAACCACAGAGAAUCUCUAAGGUAUAUAGUUGGCAGAACGCCAUGAAGGCUGUUGCAGUUAUCCUGGCUUUAGUUGCUCUCUCAGGUUGCAAUGCAUGGGUGUUACCAAUGCAGGAUGAGCCCCAGACACGUUGGGAGAAAACUAUUGAACAGUUCAAGGACUACAUUGUAGACCUGACCUCUAAGACUAGCGAGGUUGUGAAGAACAUCAAGGCAUCCGAGUUAAGCAGAGAACUGGAUACUCUGAUCACAGACACCAUGUCUGAGCUAAGCAUGUACACUGAUGAUAUGAAGACCAAACUAGGCCCCCUCACUAAGGAAGCGGCUGAGCGUCUGGGCAAUGAUGUGCAGGUCCUAGCUAACAAGUUGCAGGUUCACAUGGUCGAAGCCAAGGAACGAAUCACAUUGUACACUCAGGAAUUCCAGACAAUGAUGGAGCAGAAUGCUGAUGACGUCAAGACCAGGUUCAACACAUAUAACCGCAAGCUGAGCAAGCGCCUCAACAAGGACAUCCAAGACAUCCACGUCAAAGUGACCACUUACUUUGAUGAGCUACACUCUCGAACUGCCACUAGUAUGAAAUCUGUGAAGGAUCGCUUGGAGCCUUAUUACAUCCAGGUGCAUAAGAGUGCUGAGGAUAAAAUGACUACCCUUGGCAAACUGCUGAUUACACAAGCUGAAGAGGUAAAGGAAAAGCUGGAGUCUGGGGCUGAGGAUCUCCGCAGCAUCCUUGAAGACAAGAUGGAGGAAGUGCGCAACUGGUUCAAACCCUACAGCAAAAAAAUCCGUGAUCAGGCUAAGGCCAUCAUUGCGAUCAUGUAAAUCAACACAAUCACUAUAAAGGCAUUAACCUAUUAUGUUCUAUGUAAACUAAAUACUUACACAAGGCAGGGACAAGACACGUUUGUCACACAUUUGCCAAAAAGACUAUGCAUUUUUGGCUGAGCCCCAAACUUAUUUAGGAUCUCCAAGAGCAAAUGAAUACAUGUACUUGGUUUGAUAUCCUCUCUCCCACUGUCUCCCCCCUCUAUCAAACAAAUUCUAUGAAGGCCUAUGUGAAUACGUUUACAGAGAUGUCCAUUUCUGACUAAAAUGUAAGUGUAUAAGCAUGAAUAAUGUACAUUCCGGUACAGCAUUGUGUGGUAGGUGCCAAAGUUUACUAUCUGGGGCCUGGUAAUAACUAAUAACAAGCCCACUUUGUGAGUCUAACAAUCUAAUAAAAAAUGUCUUCAUCUGCAAA